UACAAAUCCCGGCGGCCCCCGCGCCGCGGUUUCAGCGGCGGCUGCCUCUGCUCCUCAGAGCGCCGGCGGCGGCCUCGGUGGAGUCGGUGUCGGCGGCCGGGGCUGAGCUGUGAGUUUCCGAUCGAGAACAGCGUUGGGGAAGAUGGCGGCGAGCGGAUCAAAAGAUUUGCUGAACAGUGGACUCAGAGAUCGGUAAAACGAAGCUCCUACCCGACCUUACUGAGCAGGCGUCAGUUGAGCUCUUCCUUCUAGCCCACUGUCUGAGGAUUAAAUGGGAGUAAUAAAUGCUGCUGAUCAGUGGUCAGGAUGAGUGCACUCGGUGAGAGCUCCCUGGAUCCACUGGCCACUGAGUCUCGGAAGCGCAAGUUGCCUUGUGAUGCUCCAGGACAAGGCCUUGUCUACAGCGGUGAGAAGUGGAGACGGGAACAGGAGAGUAAGUACAUAGAGGAACUGGCUGAGCUGAUAUCUGCAAAUCUCAGCGACAUGGACAACUUCAACGUCAAACCAGACAAAUGUGCCAUUUUAAAGGAAACAGUGAGACAGAUACGUCAGAUAAAAGAACAAGGAAAAACUAUUUGCAGUGAUGAUGAUGUUCAAAAAGCUGAUGUGUCUUCUACAGGGCAGGGGGUCAUUGAUAAAGACUCCUUAGGACCGCUCUUACUCCAGGCACUGGAUGGCUUCCUGUUUGUGGUGAAUCGAGAUGGAAACAUUGUGUUUGUGUCAGAAAAUGUCACACAGUAUCUGCAGUACAAGCAGGAGGACCUGGUUAACACAAGUGUCUACAGCAUCUUACAUGAGCAAGACCGGAAGGAUUUCCUUAAACACGUACCCAAAGCCACAGUUAAUGGAGUUUCUUGGACUAAUGAGAACCAGAGACAAAAAAGCCAUACAUUUAAUUGUCGUAUGUUGAUGAAAACACACGACAUUUUGGAAGACAUGAAUGCCAGUCCUGAACCGCGUCAGAGAUAUGAAACGAUGCAGUGCUUUGCCCUGUCCCAGCCUCGCAGCAUGCUGGAAGAAGGGGAAGACUUGCAGUGCUGCAUGAUCUGUGUGGCUCGCCGUGUGACUGCAGAACGGCCAUUCCCAUCCAGUCCCGAGAGCUUUAUUACCAGGCACGACCUCUCUGGAAAGGUUGUCAAUAUAGAUACAAACUCACUUAGAUCUUCCAUGAGGCCUGGCUUUGAAGACACAAUCCGAAGAUGUAUCCAGAGGUUCUUCAGUCUGAAUGAUGGGCAGUCAUGGUCCCAGAAGCGUCACUAUCAAGAAGCUUAUAUUCAUGGCCACGCAGAGACCCCAGUGUACCGCUUCUCAUUGGCUGAUGGAACUAUUGUGAGUGCGCAGACAAAAAGCAAACUCUUCCGCAAUCCUGUAACGAAUGAUCGUCAUGGUUUCGUCUCGACCCACUUUCUUCAGAGAGAACAGAAUGGAUAUAGACCAAAUCCAAAUCCUGUUGGACAAGGCAUACGGCCUCCUGCAGCAGGGUGUGGCAUGAGCAUGUCUCCAAAUCAGAAUGUACAGAUGUUGGGCAGCCGAACCUAUGGCGUGGCAGACCCCAGCAAUGCAGGGCAGAUGGGUGGAGCUAGGUAUGGGGCUUCUAGCAGCGUAGCCUCCCUGACCCCAGCACAGGGCCUGCAGUCCCCAUCUUCCUACCAGAACAACAGCUAUGGCAUCAGCAUGAGCAGUCCCCCACAUGGCAGCCCUGGGCUUGGCGCCAACCAGCAGAACAUCAUGAUUUCGCCACGUAACCGUGGGAGCCCAAAGAUGGCCUCCCACCAGUUCUCUCCUGCUGCAGGUGCACACUCUCCCAUGGGACCUUCUGGCAACACAGGGAGCCACAGCUUUUCCAGCAGCUCCCUCAGUGCCUUGCAAGCCAUCAGUGAAGGCGUGGGGACCUCUCUUUUGUCUACUCUGUCUUCACCAGGCCCCAGACUGGAUAACUCUCCCAAUAUGAAUAUAAGCCAGCCAAGUAAAGCUAGUAGUCAGGAUUCCAAGAGCCCCCUAGGCUUAUAUUGUGAACAGAACCCAGUGGAGAGUUCGGUGUGUCAGUCAAACAGUAGAGAUCACCCCAGUGACAAAGAAAGCAAGGAGAGCAGUGGGGAGAUGUCAGAGGCUCCCAGGGGACCCCUGGAAAGCAAAGGCCACAAGAAACUGCUGCAGUUACUCACAUGCUCCUCCGAUGACCCAGGCCAUUCCUCCUUAACCAACUCUCCCCUGGAUUCAAAUUGCAAAGACUCUUCCAUUAGUGUCACCAGCCCCUCUGGAGUGUCAUCCUCAACAUCAGGAACGGUGUCUUCCACCUCCAAUGUGCACGGGUCUCUGUUGCAAGAGAAACACCGGAUUUUGCACAAGCUGCUGCAGAACGGCAACUCCCCAGCGGAGGUCGCCAAGAUCACCGCAGAGGCCACUGGGAAAGACACCAGCAGUACUGCUUCCUGUGGAGAAGGGAGUGUCAGGCAGGAGCAGCUGAGCCCCAAGAAGAAGGAGAAUAAUGCCCUUCUUAGAUACCUGCUGGACAGGGACGACCCCAGUGAUGUGCUUGCCAAAGAGCUGCAGCCCCAAGCAGACGGAGGGGACAGUAAACUGAGUCAAUGCAGCUGCUCCACCAAUCCCAGCUCCGGCCAAGAGAAAGACCCCAAAAUUAAGACAGAGACAAGUGAGGAGGUAUCGGGAGACCUGGAUAAUCUAGAUGCCAUUCUUGGAGAUUUGACUAGUUCUGACUUCUAUAACAAUCCUACAAAUGGCAGUCACCCAGGGGCCAAACAGCAAGUGUUUACAGGACCAAGUUCUCUGGGUUUGAGAGGUCCACAGCCUGUGCAGUCUGUUCGUCCUCCAUAUAACCGAACGGUGUCUCUAGAUAGCCCUGUAUCUGUUGGCUCAGGUCCGCCAGUAAAGAAUGUCAGUGCUUUCCCUGUGUUACCAAAACAGGCCACACUGGCUGGGAAUCCAAGAAUGAUGGAUAGUCAGGAGAAUUAUGGUGCCAAUAUGGGUGGACCAAACAGAAACGUUCCUGUGACUCCAACUUCUUCCUCAGGAGACUGGGGUGUAGCUAACUCGAGGGCCAGCAGGAUGGAACCUCUGGCUUCAAGUCCCCUGGGAAGGGCAGACUACAGUGCUGCUUUACCAAGACCUGCCAUGGGGGGCUCGGUGCCUACCCUGCCACUUCGUUCUAAUAGACUGCCAGGCACAAGACCCACCUUGCAGCAGCAGCAGCAGCAGCAACAACAGCAGCAGCAGCAACAACAACAGAUGCUUCAAAUGAGAACUGGUGAGAUUCCCAUAGGAAUGGGGGUCAGUCCCUACAGCCCAGCAGUGCCAUCUAACCAACCAGGCUCCUGGCCAGAGGGUGUGCUGUCUAUGGAACAAGGUCCUCAUGGCUCUCAAAAUAGGCCUCUUCUUAGGAAUUCUCUGGAUGAUCUGCUUGGGCCACCUUCUAAUCCAGAAGGCCAGAGCGAUGAGAGAGCUCUGCUGGACCAGCUGCACACACUCCUGAGCAACACAGAUGCCACCGGCCUGGAGGAGAUCGACAGGGCCUUGGGAAUUCCUGAGCUCGUGAAUCAGGGACAAGCUUUGGAGCCAAAACAGGAUGUUUUCCAAGGCCAAGAAGCAGCAGUGAUGAUGGACCAGAAGGCUGCACUGUAUGGACAGACAUACCCAGCUCAGGGUCCUCCACUGCACGGAGGCUUCAACCUUCAGGGACAGUCACCAUCGCCAUCGUUUAACUCUAUGAUGGGUCAGAUUAGCCAGCAAGGCAGUUUUCCUCUCCAAGGCAUGCAUCCUAGAGCCGGCCUUGUGAGACCAAGGACAAAUACCCCGAAGCAGCUGAGAAUGCAACUUCAGCAGAGGCUGCAGGGCCAGCAGUUUUUAAAUCAGAGCCGGCAGGCACUGGAAAUGAAAAUGGAGAACCCCACUGGCACUGCUGUGAUGAGACCCAUGAUGCCCCAGCAGGCUUUCUUUAAUGCCCAAAUGGCUGCUCAGCAGAAGCGAGAGCUGAUGAACCAUCACCUACAGCAGCAGAGGAUGGCCAUGAUGAUGUCACAGCCUCAGGCCUUCAGCCCACCCCCCAAUGUCACCGCUUCCCCCAGCAUGGAUGGGGCGUUGGCAGGCUCAGCAAUGCCACAGGCCCCCCCACAACAGUUUCCAUAUCCAACAAAUUAUGGAAUGGGACAACCACCAGAGCCAGCCUUUGGUCGAGGCUCUAGUCCUCCCAGUGCAAUGAUGUCAUCAAGAAUGGGGCCUUCCCAGAAUGCCAUGGUGCAGCAUCCUCAGACUGCACCCAUGUAUCAGUCCUCAGAGAUGAAGGGGUGGCCGUCAGGGAAUCUGGCCAGGAACGGCUCUUUCUCCCAGCAGCAGUUUGCUCCCCAGGGGAACCCUGCAGCAUACAACAUGGUGCACAUGAACAGCAGUGGUGGGCACUUGGGACAGAUGGCUAUGACCCCCAUGCCCAUGUCCGGCAUGCCCAUGGGUCCUGAUCAGAAAUACUGCUGACAUCUCCCUAGUGGGACCGAGAAGGAAAUCACUGUACAGACCACACUGCACAGGAUGGAUCACCAGGAUGUAAGGAGUCAUUGUCUAGGCAUCCAGCUUGGAAGCAAGGCCAGCAUGGCCAGCACUGGGAUGCUCCAGGUGCUGUCAUUUGAGCAGAACUGCCUCUCAGGCUGAAGCGCACUGUCUACCUGAUGCCCUGCCUCUGCGGCAUGCUGUUCUGCCUCACGAGGAUGAGACCGCCCUCUUAGGUCACUUCCUUCUGCCUCGCCAGCCAAAGUCUUCACACAGAUCUGGAUGGCUAGGGCUUCUGUCUUGCAGCACUGGACGAGGAGCACAGUCUGCCUUCAAGUGUGUUGUCAGCAGUUCUGUGUCGCACUCCUGUCCAGUGCAGUCAGUGUUUCUGCGCUCUUGUCCUUUACAGGUGUGCUCCCCAGUCUUGUCGUCCUAGGUCUCUCCUGAUGAGGUCCCAUACCCUGUAAUUCUCAAGGAUUUGUCAUUGAUGUUAAAUGGCUUUGCAGAAGGGAAAAUGAGAUGGCGAUAUUGAAUUUUCCCGCCCUGAUGUGCAGCCAAGUGCACUUUACUGAGGAAGUCAUGGAGAAAUGCAAUAUUCUUAAGGGCGUGAGGAAUGGUGAACCACAUUCCUGGUUUUUGUCUGCACUAAUCUGUUAGGACAAGAACAUGAUUGUUUUGUUUUUUGUUUGUUUGUUGUUUCUUUCAAGUACUGGCGUCACCCUUUGCCUUUAUGGUGGAGCAAUAAUGCUUUGAAAUAAACUUGUGAAACCCAAGGCCAGGUACUGCACUCUGAAUCAGAAGCAAGCAGCGCUUCUGUAAACACACUUCCUUUUUGUAAAUAUGAUCUUUUAAGAUAUUGUAUUAUGUGAAAAUAUGUACAUACCUCUUUUUGUAGGUCACAACAGCUCAUUUUUACAGAGUUUGUGAAACUAAAUAUUUAACAUUGUUGAUUUCUGUAAGCUCCAUGCAGUGAGGCUUCAAGCAGAUGAGACAUCUGGAAUGCCCAGCCUGGGGGACAGGGCAGCCUGCAGCUCCCCAUCGCCCCCCUUUACAGGCCUCACUCUUUAAUCUAAAGGCUUUUUAAAGUGAUCAUUUGUUUAGAUGUAGGCAUUUAAAUUUUUUUUUAAAAAUUCUUUACCAGAGAUCUACGCACUUUGUUAAUUUGCGAGGAAAGAAUAGAUAUGGGGAAACGAGCUUUAAAACAAAAACAAAAAACCGCCAAGAGUUUAAAAACAAAACUGAAGCAAAUUGAUUAAAAGGAAUCUUGUGUUUUUUUAAGCAGUCCAUAAAUUAAAUGAUAAUAAUUUUGGAAAACUUGUAGCCCAUUCAUCAUUUUAGGAGUGAUUUCUGUUACUAGGACAUGAGCCCCACAUUUAGGUCAAAGGCCCUGGGCCCUUGCUGUGUGUGGUCUGGUGUCUGCUCAGCUCCCCUGCUGUUCAGCUCAUGGGGUCUCUUACUACCUCUCUACAUCAGGGUGCUGAGCUCAGAACCAGGCCUGCCAGUGCUGCUGAGUCAGAGUGACACCUUGGCACAUGCCAGCCCCUUCCUGCCACCUCUCUGCCUCCUCUUGGCACCUGUCCUAGUCCAUUUGGAGUAGGGAAACCAAGCGUAAUGCCUUUUAUUUGAGUUCCUUAGGUUCAAACAGUUAGAUGACAUUAGACCAUCUGUAGCUUUCAAGUAUCUCAGCCAGCCCUGGUGUCAUUUUCUGAGAGCCAGUUAGUGUUUAAAAGCCACACAUUUAGCCAGUUGUCCUCCGCCUCCCUGAAGGGAGCACCGCUUCAUUCUCUGAGCUCUCUGUGGGUGAAGUUCGCAUUUCCAGGCCCUGUGGAUGGACUUGGCUUUCCAACAGUUUAGGUCAUGAUGGGCUGGCUUCCCCUGUGAUUAACCCAUUGUCCCCAUUUCCACUGUGUGCUGUGCUUUGGCUGGCUGGGCGUGCCUGAGCCUUCCUUGCUUAGGUGUGUAGGCCACAGUGGUGCUCCUCCCCUUAACUUGGAAUGACUUGGAUUCUCUCCUCAGCACCUCAGCUCCAGGCUAACUGGUUGGCACCCCCUUUUUGUAUGGGGAGACAAAUGAAGUUUAUUAUGUUUUUAUAUUUCCUACUUACUGAUUUUUAUUGGUGCCAGUUCAAAAUUCUGAUUUCCUUUUAAUAAUAGCCUCUGGGAUAAUUUGUUGUUUUUACAUGAACUGCCUUUUAAUCUUUUUUGGGUUAACUAUUUUUGUACUCUUCUUGCCUACCUCGCUUCCCCGCCUCUCUGGCCCCUCUUUAAACCUAGAUGUCUCUGGGGCAAACAGUAUAAAAGUAUUCUUUUCAUCUGCUUUUAUGAUGUGGGGACAUUUCCAGUACUUUUUUUUCCUUUGCUGAAUCCAAAGAUAUAUAAAUAAAAAUGUAUUUUAUGAAGAUCCAAAUGAUUUCUUCAAAAAUAAAUGAAGCUGCACUGUUGCUGUUGGUAUCAGAACGCUUUCUCUCUAAACUGUGCCCCUGUCGUUAACAGCCCUUGUCAGUUCAGCAGCAUUAGAUGCUGAGGCAAGUCGGGGGCCAGAGGCAGUGGGUACUACGGCAGAUAACUGGCUUGAUUCAAGGGUAGAUGCAGCUGGACCAUGCAGAGGGUUUCCGGUUGCCAGCACAACAGUGCAGCCUGCAGCAGACUCUCUGCUUUCUAUCUUCAGCAGAGUGGCCAUGGGUCGAGGGUUCUAGGAGUCUGGCCCUGCCAUGAAGCAACGGGUUUUUUACCUCCAGUGCAGGUGAUUAAAAACAGGGCGGUGUUUUGUUUUUCUCUUGUCUCCUCCCUUUUUUCUCUUCCUUUGAAAAUAUGGAGUUUUGAAGAAGAAAAUGUCACUCCAAGAGCAGUAAAUUCUCAGGAACCGACCGACACCACUGAGAACACGCUUGGGGUUAAUCACGUUUCUAUUAAGUGUCACUUAAGAUGAUGUCAUUCUUUAUACCACACCGGUGACUCAGUUGGAUGGAGCUUUGGAUGCCUUGCCGACUGUCUGGUUGCUCUUGUAAAUAAAGGUUUCUAUUUAAACCUCG